AUGGGCAAGCCAAUCGUCCUCCAGCUCGGCGACGACAUCAAAUGGAACCAUGACCUCUACAAGGACUUCACCUCCAGGUUCGAGAUCCGCCGGUCGUACAGCAUGCCGCGCGCCGAAUUCAUCCAGGCACUCAAGGACAAGAAGUUUGGCGACUUCUUCGCCAUCUACCGCCCGUUCUGGAACACGGGCGGCGAGAUGGGCAACUGGGACAAGGAGCUGAUCUCUCUUCUCCCUUCGUCAUGCAAAGUCUACGCCAGCGCCGGAGCCGGCUUCGACUGGGUCGACACGGAGACUCUCGCGAGCCGGGGAAUCGUCUACUGCAACGCCGCCGCCGCGUGCACCGAAUCCGUCGCCGACGGCGCAAUCUGGCUCAUCCUCUCGACCUUCCGCCUCUUCUCGUGGUCCUCCGCCGCCGCCCGCUCCGGUGACCCGGACCAGUUCGUCGACGCCAACAAGAACCUCGGCGCCGUCUCCCGGAACCCCAACGGCUUCACCCUCGGCAUCAUCGGCUUCGGCCGCAUCGGCCGCCGCAUCGCUGAGAAGGCGCACCGCUCCUUCGACAUGAAGAUCCUCUACAACGACGUCGCGCGCAUGCCGGUCGAGGCCGAGAAGGGCUCGGACGCCACCUUCUACGGCGACAUGAGCGACCUGCUGGCCGCGGCCGACUGCGUCAUCGUGGCGACGCCCUUCGCCGGCAAGACGCUCCUCGACGCCGCGGCGAUCGGCAAGAUGAAGAAGGGCGCCAGGCUCAUCAACAUCGCGCGCGGGAAGCUCGUCGAGGAGGAGCCUCUCAUCGCGGCGCUGAAGAGCGGCCACCUCUCGGCCGCCGGCCUCGACGUCCACUACAACGAGCCUCAUGUCAGCAAGGAGCUGAUCAAGAUGAGGAACGUCGAGGUCCUCUCGCACAACGCCGGCGCCUCGCUGGACGCCCACAUGGGCUUCGAGAAGCUGGGCAUGCAGAACAUCAUUUCCUUCGCCGAGACGGGCAAGGCCGUCACGCCUGUCAAUGCCCACCUGAUUACCAAGAGCCGCUUGUGA